UUCUCUUUUCUCUCUCAUCAAGCCACAUUGCGAAAAUCGAGAGAUGGAAAAAAGAAAAAAGACACACGAAGAGCGAAGCGAGAAAAAUUUUAACGAAAUAAUACAAAAAAAUUAGAAAGAAAAGAAAAUCUAGGGUUUCCAAAUCCUCUCCAUUCUCUCUCUAUCUCUCUCUCUUCGCCUUUGAUUUUCCUUCCCUCCAAACACCCGCCAAAGUUUGUUCUUCCUUUUUUUUUCCCCAGAAAAAGCAGAGGGAAAACUUUACCAGCUACGUUUUGGUUGGCCUAUUGCUUGUGGUUUCUUUUUCUUUUUCAGUUUUAUUUUUCCUCUUUUCUUCUUUUUUUUUUUUUCCUUCUUCUUCGGAUCCUGAGUUUUUUCGGGAGAGUAGUGUUUUUCCCGGGAAAACUUCCUCUUCCAAUCCCAGCUGUCGACGACCUUUUUCUUUUUCUUGUUUUUGGACCACGUUCAAGGAGUUUUACAUGUGAUUUCUUCUGAGAGGAACAAUAAUUGGUUGGUGGGAGUGAAGAAAGGGAGGGAAAACGUAGUAUUAAGGCUUCAUAUUUUCUGGGAAAGAGAUUUGGAGCUCCAAUAUAAUAUUUUCUUUUAUGUUUUGGAUUGUUAAUAGUUUCCUGUGGUCAAAAUUGGUGUCCUUUGAUCUCGAGUUGUUUGAAUUUGAAUGAUCAUUGGUUUAUGGAGUUGGAAGCGCUUCCAUCUUCUAGGGAUUUGGUGAAAUGUUGUAACUGCAGCUGUAGUUGUUCAUCAAUAAGUGGUACUUCGGGAUCGUGGUUUAGGUCCGUGAAGCGAAAAUACGAUGAGUUUGAGGAUGAGAAUCGGUUCUCCAUUCCUGGGUUUGAGAAUUUUUCGGUUGCUCGAGUUGAAUUGGAGAAUGAAUGUGUUGCAUUGCGGGAGAUGGUUGGUAACCAGCAGCAAACAAUACAGGAUUUGUACACCGAAUUGGAAGAGGAGAGAAAUGCUGCCUCAUCGGCCGCGAAUGAGGCCAUGUCUAUGAUACUGAGGUUGCAGAGGGAGAAGGCAGAAAUCCAAAUGGAGGCCCGACAAUUCAAGCGCUUUGCAGAGGAGAAGAUGGAGCACGACCAGCAAGAGCUUAUGGCCUUAGAAGAUUUGUUGUAUAAGAGAGAGCAGGUGAUUCAAGCGCUCACGUGUGAAGUGCAGGCAUAUAAGCAUAGGAUGCUGAGUUAUGGACUCACUGAGGCAGAGGCUGAGGGCGAGAAGGGUAUGUAUAGCCAUAACAGCAUCAUGUUGGACUUUGAAGCUCAGCAUGAAAUUCCAGCAUUUGAAUACCCAUCUUUGAAGUGCAGUCUCAAUGAGAACCAGGGCGCUUUUGAGGGCGACGAUGACGAUGUUGCAGAUGUUGAGAAAUAUGCAUUCGGUGAGACACCUCGUGGUAGAGAUCACUUGAAGAAUUUGGAGCAUAGGAUUUACCAGAUGGAGAGAUCUCCAAGCAACAGUCAACUUGAUGGAGAAUUUUCAGGUUCCAAAAGUAUUUUAGAGAAGGUGAUAGUUGGCCACUCUCCUAGGCGCUCAAUGCAUUCUAGGAAAUAUUCUAGUGAUUCGCCGUCAUUUAGGGCAAUGGCCAGAGAAACUGGCACAGAAAUCAACGGCGAAUCUCCUAGGUUCAACAUUAGUUUCAAGAAGACUGAUUACGUUUCACAAUCGGAGGAGUCCAACAUGAGGAAGGUAGAUAAUACAUCAGAAGUUGGAGAUGACAUGAGCGACAGGGUUUAUACCAUUGACUCUGUCCAUAAUGGGGUGCCUGACAGUGGUUAUGUGGAGCUUAAAGCCGGGGUUGGGAUCGGUGAGGAUAACAUAACCACUCCUAGAGGGCUAAUGAAUCAAGGUGAUGUUGCGGAUCCAGAAAUCAAGAAGCUCUAUAUGAGACUUCAGGCACUUGAGGCUGACAGGGAAUCAAUGAGGCAGGCAAUUGUUUCAAUGCGAACGGAUAAAGCGCAGCUUGUAUUGUUGAAAGAAAUAGCGCAACAGUUGUGUAAGGAUAUGUCACCAGAAAGACAAAUUGCAGUGAGGAAGCCAUCCCUUCUUGGAAGCUUUUCCUUUCUUUCAGUCUUUAAGUGGGUCAUGUCAUUUGUUUUCUGGAGAAGGAAAGCUCGUCGAAGCAAAUACUUGUUUGGGAUAUCAGCCAAUAGUGUGGGUUUGCUGAUGCUUCUGGACAAGGGGCCUCGGACGAGGCAUUGGAGGUGUCUUACGAGUACUCAAGUGUGAGGCGUUCGAAGCCUACGCUGAAGUACGCGAUGUCGUUUGGAUUCCAAUCACGCUGCUGCAGAUUUUUCAAUUCUUUUUUCUUUUUUUCUUGGGAUUGUUUGUUGCCUGAACUACGAGUGCUUUGUGCAAAAGUUCUUUGGUCUGAUUGAUGGGUUUGAAUGAAUGUAUGUUGUCGCCGGUUGACCUGUAAAUCAUGGUUGCGGAUUUAGUGGGCAUGCUGUUUCCACAUAUAGGUUGAUGGAAUUCAUCAACUCAAAGGUAUAGAUCUCCUGUACAUUACGAAAUUUCUUGUAUGAUUGAAUGAAUGAAUUCCCUUUCAAAUAUGCAAUGCCUAUUCUUUUUCUCUUCUAUCCCUCUAACUGUGUAAACGAGUA